AUGAUUUAUUAUUUAAAGGAUACUGGUUCCCUUUGGAUGACAGCCAAUGUUUUCGGCAUUCAUCAAUGUACUGUUUCAAAAACUGUAAAAGUUGUAUGUGAUGCCAUAAAUAAUAUCGUUGGUCCUAUAUAUUUAUAUCUACCUAAAAAUAAAGAGGAUAUGACAAAAUUAGCUUCACAGUUUGAAGUAAAGUUCGGCAUGAUACAAGCCUUUGGAUGCAUUGAUGGCACUCAUGUCCAAAUUAAACGUCCUAUUAAAAACGGUCAAGACUACUUUUGUUAUAAGCAAUAUUUUUCAUUAAAUCUACAAGCGGUAUGCGAUAGUAAAGGAUAUUUUAUUGAUGUUGAAUGUAAAUGGCCAGGAUCUGUACAUGAUGCAAAGAUGUUUACAAAUUCCACUAUCAAUAAAAAAUUAAUAAAAGGCACACUACCUCAAACAUAG